AUGGAUGGUAGUAUGGUAAUAGAUACUCCUGCCAGUGGUUCUGUUACUACUAAUUUUGUUUGUAAGGGAUGUCCUAUGAUUAUCUUUGAUAAGAGUUUGGUGAUGGAUUUGGUGUGUCUACCCCUACACCAAAUCGAAUUGAUUCUUGGAAUGAACUGGUUGGAGUUCAACUAUGUUCAUAUGAAUUAUUUCAAUAAGAUGUUGAGGUUUCCCAAGUUUGGUGAUGGUGGGGAACUGAUGUUGUUGAAUGCUAAGCAAUUAAGUGAAUGCAUUAGAGAUGAAGCUGUGAUAUUUGCAAUGUUUGCAUCAUUGCAAAGUAAUCAUGAAGUUACAUGUGUUGAACUUCCAGUUGUUUGUGAAUUUCCUGAAGUAUUUUCAGAUGAUAUAGGUGAUUUUCCUCUGGAAUGUGAAGUGUAA